GAUAUUGACAAAGGAUUUCGAAGUAAAUGACUAUGUUGUUCCAAGAUUUAGCGUACAGAUAACUUUACAAAAAAGAAUUCAGCAGACCAUGUAUUCUUUCGAAUUAUCUGUAAAGGCAAGAUUCACGUUCAACAACGACGUUCUUGGUAAUUGUACAAUUCAAAUCUACAACAAAAACCAGCUCACCAAUUUCGUUGAAUAUUGGAAACAGAUUAGAGGAGAAGUAAACUUUACCAUUCCAAUGGCGGACUUGAGAAGAAAUCUAGACUUUUACAACCCAAUAAUAGUUCGUGCCAUGGUGACUGAUAAUGCAUCUGCUCUCACUAUCGCUGCAGAAGAAGAUUUUAAAUUUAGUUCAGAUUCAAACUCGUCUUCAUCUUUUACACCACAUCAGACUAUUACUAUUACAAAGACAGAUAAACGAGACACGUUCGUGCCUGGGUUAACAUAUCAUACAUCGAUAUUUGUUGGCUAUGGUGAUGAACCAGUACGUACGUCGGGAACUAUCAACGUGGUACCCACAGUGACUACCGCUGAAGUAAAACAAUGUAAUCUCAAUAACCCACCAACAAAAUGGCUUGACAUACAGACUACUGUCAUGAAAAACUUCACUGUUACGUUUGACGAGUCCGGAUAUGGCGCUUUAAAUUUCCCUGUUAGCGUUCACACUGAUAAAAUACAAUUCGAGUUAAACUAUGGGUGGACAAACUCGUAUAUGGAGCUUUACUCUGUCUCAAGCCACCCAGUUCCAUUGUUGCGGAUGAAUGCCAAACAGAUUCACGCUCGAGUUGGGGAAAAUGUUACCAUAAUGACAGAAGCAACUGAAAAGCUCACUGGUUUGAUAUCAUACGAGAUUUAUGCUCGAGGAAUAUUGCGGCAGACUUUCUUGAAUCGCCUGGUGAAUAAUACGAAACGGUCUUACUUAGAUUUGAAGAUAACUGGAGAUUUGGUGCCUCAAGCAUACGUUGUUGCUACACAUCUUACUAGAGCUGGACACCUGCUCUCAGAUUAUAUUAUGCUUAAAGUGGACGGAUCGCCUUGUAAAAACAAGGUCUCCGUCACAUAUAAUGCAACUUCCCUGGAACCUAGACAAAAGUUGAAAAUAGACCUUCGUGCUGACCCAAACUCAACAGUUUAUCUGAUGUUUGAAGAUGAAAAGAAUAGACUGAUAGGAACAGAGAACGAUGUUUUCCUGGAUGAG